GGCGGAGCAUGCAGGCCUUCGGGCCGGCCGCCGAGCCUCACCCUCCUCCUCCUCCUCACCCCCCUCACCCCCAGGAGCUGCUGGACGUGGCGGUGUGCCCCGGCAUCUACCCACCGGGCCGGCCCCUGCCGACCCCCCCCCAGCUCCCCGCCGCCAACCCCUACCUGUGGCUGGCCGGGCCCGCCGGCUCCUACCUGCCCGCCGGCCCCUUCCCGCCCUCGGGCUGCGCCUCCGCGCAGAGGCCGGCGUCGGGUUCCGCGGGUGCGGAGCGGGGCUGGGCGGGCUCGUCCCCUCCUCAGGAGUGUCCGCGGCCGGCCAGGCCUCCCUAUUCCUACUCGGCGCUGAUCGCCAUGGCCAUCCACAGCGCGCCGGGCCGGCGGCGGACCCUCAGCCAGAUCUACCAGUACGUGGCCGAAAACUUCCCCUUCUACAAGAAAAGCAAGGCGGGCUGGCAGAACUCCAUCCGCCACAACCUUUCCCUCAACGACUGCUUUAAGAAGGUCCCGAGGGACGAGGACGACCCGGGCAAAGGCAACUACUGGACCCUCGACCCCAACUGCGAGAAAAUGUUCGAUAACGGCAAUUUUAGGAGGAGGAGGAAGAGACGGGCCGAAGCCGAGGCGGGGGGGAGCGGAGCGGGGCUGCGGACCCCCCCCGGUGCCAGUUCCCCCCUCUACGGCCGCGCCGGGGCCCAGGCGUGACCGGAGCUCCCCGAGACUCGCUUAAGGCAC